AUGACAGAAUUUGAAGACCCACUGUAUUCAUCUUACGUUUCCAAUUGCGUUCUAAACGCCUCGUCCUACUCGGCCAUAAUGUUGAACAGUUUAACAAUCCAAGCGCUGAGAAGAACAUCGUCGUUACCAAAGCCUUUAAGAAUAUUACUGCAGAGUCUUGCUGUUUCUGAUCUUGGUGUUGGUUUGCUGGCUCAACCUCUUUAUAUUGCAGUUCUGUUUAAGUGGAUCAACGACGUGGAGGACAACCUCCUUGAUAACAUCUUCGACGUGAUCACCUGUUUAUUUUAUUACGCUUCGUUUCUGGGUCUCAUGGCUCUAAGUUUAGACAGAUUCCUGUCUGUUCAUCUUCAUCUCAGAUAUCAAGAACUUGUGACUCACAAACGUGUCGUUGGUCUGGUCAUCUCAGUUUGGCUUUUGAGCACAUUUCUUUCUUUAAUUUUGUUGUGGUUACCGAGCGACUUUGUAAUCGACCUACUGGAAAUUACUAUUUUCGGAUUUUGUUUUGUUUGUGUGUCACUUUUUUAUUUCAGAAUUUAUUAUACUGUGCGACGCCUUGAAAUUCAAAUGCAAGCUUUACACUUAGGGCAAGCUUUUCAGAAUCAAAAUGACGAAAUGAAGAAUUUCUUGAGGCUGAAGAAAUCUGCCAUUAGUACUUUCUAUAUAUAUGUUGUAUUUAUGAUUUGUUACCUGCCAGAUUAUUGUAGUGCUAUCCUGAAUGUGUUACAGAGUCAACCAAACUUAUUUUUAGACGGUUUUGAUUUGUUUACUUUUACUCUUGUGUUUGCAAAUUCUUCUUUUAAUCCUGUUAUUUACUGCUGGAGGGUGAAACACAUUCGACAUAGUAUCGUGGGCAUACUUCGAAAUAUAUAUCGGAAUAUCUUUGGGGUUCAUGAACAUAGCUGA